AUGAGUUUCGAUGGCGUUACCUGCACUGAUUGGCUCGCCGUCGCGGGAAAUGCUCCGGCUAAUAGUCCACAGUGUGCAUUUGAUCGAAUGGUAGGUGUCUGGUUCUGUGGGUGCCCCGUUCCUGCGGGUGUUACAGAGACCUGCACGCUGUGCGGUGACGACGAUGGAACUGCUCCCUUCAAUGCAGAAAAGACAUUUCCUGACUCAGAUGUCACUUGCCAAGACAUUGAGAGCAUUCCUGCCAUUGACGGCGACGCAACCUGCCGAGAACUACGUACCAUGGGAGACUACUGCGAAUGUCCCUUUGCUGGUGAGCGAUGCAGCAUGUGUCCAGGAGGUGGAGAUCCCAUUUACCCCAACCGAACUUUCCUCACUACGGGCGAAUCUUGCCAGUACAUUUUGGAUAUCCUCUAUGCAUCGCCUCGAUCCGACUGUGGACAAUAUGUACCCGAUAUGAUGAUUGACUUUGCGUCUUACUGUGGAUGUCCCAACACUCUUGCACCCCGCACCUGCGACUUGUGUCCAGAUGGUAUGACACUGGGGGACCCCAGCAAGGAGGUCAUGCUUGCCCCUGGUGCCACUUGCGGUGAUUUCGUGACCUACGCCGAGCACAUCACUGGAGCACAAUUGUGUGGUUUCAUGCAUGAAGUGGUUGCGCUUGAAUGCUGUGUAGGAAGCCCUUCGGGUAGUAGCACUCACGGAACUGUGGAAGACUGCAGUUUCUGUGGCGAUGGCAGCAGUGUUGCAUACCCCGACCGGAGCAUUGUUGGAAUCAACACGACUUGCGCCGAACUAGCCAGUCGACCAAUUGAAUCAGACUGCCAUUCCACGUACGACACAGAGUUGGACCUUUUGCUCGAUACUGGCAUCUACUGUGGUUGUCCCAACGCCAGCGAGAGCGCCGGUGUUUGUAGCUUCUGUCCUCCUGGCGAAGAAUUGUUGUACCCUGAGAUGAUGAUCACGCACGGUGUCCCAGUGAACCAUGCAACGUGCGAGGAAUACGCUGCAAUGGCUGAAUCGACUUACGACCCUACAUUCUGUAGCGCCGUGCAGUCUGUGGGUGAUCUGAAUGGCUGCUGUGGAGUUCCAGGCGAAAACGCCACUUCGGGAGGGCCAGAUUUGCCGGCAGACAGUUGCCAACUCUGCGAGGGUGGUGCUCAUGUCCAAUAUGGCGAACGUCUUUUCUUGGGUACCAACAUUAACUGUCGCACCUAUCACCAGGAGAUGCAAACCGUCCCCCAAGGACCUGUCUGCGACGCCAUCUUUUCGGAUUUCAACGCCACCUUUGACCCACAGAUCUACUGCGGGUGUCCUGAUGCCGUGUCGACUGGACAAUGCUCCUUGUGUCCUGCCGGAACCGAAAUGGUGGAUCCCAGCAUUUUCAUCAGUCAAAUCCUGACCACUUGUGGGCAAAUGUCUGACAUUGCUGACGCCACAUCCAAUGAAGAGUUUUGCUCCUCCAUUGAGCAGGUCGGCGAGUACUACUGCUGCUUCUCUCCUGGCACACCGCCAAGUACUGGGCCACCAGGAUCUACCGGACCACCAGGAUCCGAUGGAGAUGUUCGCCACCUUCGAAGUUCCGUUCUUCCGCUACCUGAAGCUGUCAAGGACGAGGAAGACCACGUGCCAGGCGGUGUCGAUACUGCCAAGAGACCCUACCACUUUGCCGCCAUCAAGGCAGUUGACAAGGUAGAGAAAGCAAUUACGCACUUGGUAGACAAUGGGGUCGUCUUCCGAAACACCAAUGACUUUGUCGAGGAGGACCAUAGCAACUAA